AUGGAUCGUUUACGAGAAUCAGCUAGUGUUCCUGAUUUAUCCACGAAGGAUAUUCAUCAUAGUUCUUUUUUAUGGGAUAACACUACGAAGAUUGCCACUAAAACUACAUCAAGAAUUGUAGAGGCCGCAUCAAAUUUUCGUUCAUUGUUUUUACCUCGUCAGCAUGCGGAAGAAGUUCCAACUAUUCUUGAUGAUCGCAUAUUAGUUGAAUCUAUGAGUUAUCGUCAAGCAUUCGAUACAGCUUGGUCAAAAAUUAAAUAUAAUGGAUGGCUGCUGUGGCACAGCGAUAAAUUUAUGAAAGAAUCUUCUAUUUGGUUGCUUGGCAAAUUUUAUAAGAUAAAUAAUCCUGGGGGAUAUAUGCAAAAUUAUUUUCCUCCAAAAUUUUAUUUUGGUGAUUUACUGGAAGGGUCGAAGGAAGUUAUUGGAAGUGAUGAAAGCCGUGAAAUUUUUCAAAAAUUUUUGGAAGAUUUCCGCAGUCGUAUUUGGUUAACUUAUCGUACAGGCCUUGCUCGUUUUCCCGCAUCAAAUUCAACUACCGAUUCCGGAUGGGGGUGCACUAUACGUUCAUGUCAAAUGAUGGUCGCACAGACUUUGAUUUUGCUUAAUCUUGGGCGAGAGUGGAGAUUUUUCGAAAACUUGAACAGUACACGAAAAUGUAAGGAUGAUUCUCACCUUAAUAUAGUCUCGCUUUUCUCGGAUGAUUUGGAUUCCGAUCUAGGCAUUCAUCGCUUAAUACAUUUGGCUAUAUCGGAGAAAUCUAAUGCCGUGGGCUGUUGGUAUUCUCCUAGUGUUGCUCUUUCUUUAUUGCAGAAGGCUUUAUUAAAUUCUACAUCAAAUGUUACGAAUUUCCUUAUAAUGCACAAUGUUAUUGACGGUUUACUAGUGAAAAAAGAUGUCGUAUGUGCAUCUAAUAAUUUUGCUCGACCUGUUUUAGUUACCGUUUCUGUUCGCCUUGGAACUGACUCCAUCAAUAGCUGUUAUUUUAAUCAUAUAAUUAAUUUCUUUUCGCUGAAAAAUGGUGUUGGAAUUGUUGGAGGUCGACCAAGACAUUCUAUGUAUUUUGUUGGAGCGUAUGGUAAAAAGAGUGUCAUAUAUUUGGAUCCGCAUACAGCUCAUUACGCAUUAUCACCAUCAAAACUGUCAAAUUCAUAUGGAACUUUUCAUUGUGAUCAUCCAGAAAAGUUGCCACUUGAAGAUAUUGACCCAAGCUGCUCAUUAGGAUUCCUUGUUCGUUCAGAAGCCGAAUACGAUACAACAAUUAAGGAGCUUAAUGAAAUCCAUUUCAUUGAAACGGAAGUACAGAAAGAAAACGGUUUUCAUCCCAUAUUUACAGCUCUUAAAGAUUAUCCACCUAUGCUCAAGACUUUUGAAAUUUCUGAACGGUAUCAAAAUGUACAUGUUGAUCAAGACUUCGAAGUAGUAUAA